AUGAGCCUGGACAGCUUCAUGGGAACUUCUACUUCCGCGGCGAAUGCAGGGCAUCAAAACAGUGCAAACAGUCUGAUUGGGGAUCAUUCGCAAGAAAGCAUCUUUCCCGCCGCGCCGCAGAUCACGAAAGACGGGACCACGAACACGCUAUCAAAUGCAAAAGUGUCUGGGUCUGGAAGAAUGCAUGUUUGUCAUGCUUGUCUGGCAUGACUCUUAAAUCUGUCAUGCACGUUACCCAAGAGCUGCGUUUUUCUGUGAUGCAGAAACGCAGUGUGUCAUGCAGAAUAGGCAACACCUACACCUUCCUAGAAGCUCAGAAACUUGUCAUGCUGAGCCAGCACUUGUGGCCUCAUCAUGAGACGCCACCCAGCAUCACAAGUUUCCAGACCCAGACAUUUUUGCAUUUGAUACACGCUGCAGAAUUACGACGACGACUGGGCGCGGGUGUCCGCCGCAGUAGGGUUUUUCAAUAACAGCGCGAAGGAAAAGCGGCCGCUGUCUCCGUUCAUGGAGUCCGUCGUGCAAAUGCUGGAGGAGGCCAACUCGCACGUUGUGAACCUCGCCGCGGCCCGGAAGGCGCAGGCCGGCCAAAACGUCGGCGAGGCCAGCAAGUCGAGCACCGGCGGGUCCAGCAGACGGCAGUUGCUUUCUGGAGCAGCAGCGGGAGCCGCGACUGACGACGAUCUUCAGGCAAACAACAAUGCUUCUGGGGGGAAGAACACGCCUUCUGGCGGAACAAAUGUCACCAACCCCUCCACCGCCGAUAAGCCGAUGUCUGAGCAGGACAAGCAGAACGCCAUGUCGCUGAACUUUGCCGGGAAAGACCUGCUGACGUUCCUCCGCGAACAAUCCGAGUUGCGCACUCCGGGCAGCAACAAAGCCCCGAGCUACCGGAACAGCCGGCAAAACUCCCGGCAUUCGACCACCAGCUUGUUGCAAUCGGACCCGAUUCUCCGGAUGGGCAGUGCGCAGGGCUACCGGCCGAGCACGACCCCGACGCCCUUUAACGUGAGUGAUUUGCUGGACGACAACGACUUCAAAACAACGAAAAAUCUCCGGGAACAGGAGGUUUUGAAGUCCAUUGAGGAGCACCAGUCGGAAAUGGCAAAUUUGGACAUUGACUUGCGGAACAGCAUCGAAAAAACGCUGGAGGAGCUGGAAAACGAAAAGGCAAAAAUGCCGGAUAAUUUACAGCCCGAUGAUGCAAAGAGAAGCGACGCGGGGUCGAUUGCCCGCGCGAUCGUGGAUGGUGUGGAGAAAGCCGUGGCUGAUACGAUCGAAGGGAACCACGGAGAAGGGGUUGAUAAUGCAUCCACGGGACGAGGACAACUGUCCGAAGGCGCAGGAACUGCUGCUCUUUCACCGCGGUGCCAGACAUCCCCGACGAAAACUGGUGACUUGCUGGCCACCACAAAACUCAAUAAUCCCACGGGCAAGUACCACACGCCGUUCGGUGUCGUUUCCGACUGGCUGCCGAUGCUCCUCCAGGGCUUGGACAACGCGAGUAGUCCGACGCUUGACGGCAGCAGUGCUGGACAAGGCAGUUGUUUGAACAAACUUCCUGACGAAAACGACAACCUACCGCCAGAAAUGCUCGCAGCGGCGAAAGCCGCCGAGGAACAGAUCAGCAAAAUGUCGAACCUCCGUAGUCAAACCGCACCGCACAAAAAUUCUUACAGCCUAUCCGACCUGCAGAUGUCGAGAUCGCUUUUGAAAAACAUGCGGAUGAAAAACAAUACUGGUGCUGAUGCUAUGAUGAACAACACAACCAGUGCUUCGUCGAACACUUUAUUGAAGAGCGGUCUGGAACUGAACCAAAACCGCCCGAGCGUGAUCAACACGCCGCUGAGAGAAAAUCAGCAACUGAUCGAGGAGGAGUACACGCACAAUUCGGAGCAGUUUGUCCAGUCGGGCAACUUCCUUCUCGCCAACGAAGAGGAGGAGAGGUUGUUGCACAAGAAAAAACUCCUCCAACAAGAACUCCAAAACGACGACAUGACGAGCGAGAAUUGCUACACUACGCCCCCGAUGUCCGGCGUCCACGGGUUGUUCGCGAACAGCAGCUUCUACGACAACUUCGUCGCCGGCGGUGUCAUGCACGCUGGUGGCUAUAAUCACCCCCAUAGCGCAAACAAUUCCGUGAUGAACAACACGGGGAGCUCCUUCUGGUCCCAGGACGGCAGCAGUUUCUACGGAGGAGGGGCGGAGAGCGGGUUUACCACCAGCAUGAACGAUUUCUACAACAGCAAAACUGGCGGGACGAGUAUUGGGAAGAUGAAGGAUGAUAAGCAUAAAGGAAACAAUGGCAAAUCUGGAAGUACAACUACUGGCAGCACUACCACCGGGUCCUUGAUUCGCGGCGCACCGAAACAGGCUCGGAAUGCGCACUCCGUACCGACGUCCCGUGCGACGACGAACAGUGGCGCUUUUACCUCCAGCACUAGUUCAUCCUCAAAUUUGUUGCGCAACAUGAGCACGACCUCGGUUUCCGCUGCCGUGCAGAAGAGGCAACUGGCCGCGGAACAGCAGGCGAUAAUUGCAGCACAGAACUUGAAUAAUUACCAGCAGGUCGUCCCCCGCACGCCCUCACAGUGGACGCAAAAGGAAAAAAGGGAGUACUUGAUCGAGCGUCAGAAGCAGCCGUUGAGUGACGCACAGGUCUAUUCUCCGCCUAAAGUUGGAAAUGGAGCAACUACAUCAAAUAGUGGGCAGAACUCUCUUAAGUCGGGAAGUGCGUCGAAGAAACUACGGGAUUUAGUUUUAUUCGACCAGCGGGACUGUCGGAAGUCCAAGUACGACGGAAAACGGGUGCUGACGAACAGCAAGGGCGGGAAGAGGCGGUCUAGUUCCUUGAUUCUGCAGCCGACGACAAAUAAAAACUCGAUGAAUAUGAAUAACGCUACUACUGGAUCGUCUCUGAUGUUCAACAAAACGGAUCUGUUGCCCCUGACAUUCCCCACCAUUUCCGAGCAGGAGAACGAGGGGAGUUUCGAAGAUGCGGGAGCGAGUAGUCUCUUCCUCGACCACCCCGGACUACAGGAGCCCUCUUUGGACGACACGACGUUGUUUGACAGCCGGUCACAGACGUCCCUGGAGUUGGACUCCGGCUCCGCCUCCGGAUCUUCCUUGGAACUGAUGGGAAACGUUGGCGGGCAGGAGUCGUCGGUCACGCUGCCGCAUCUGGUUGCGCCAGGAAGUGGAGUUGAUGUGUCGUCCGCUUCGACAACUUUCGACCAGAUAAAUCUCCACGGAAUUGGUAAUAAGACUGGCGAGAGUUGUGAUGAAGUGUACAAGCCCUCAUUCGGCGCUUUUUCGCAGAUCCUCCAGGACGAGGAUCAACGGGCGUUUUUCCGGGAACCCGCAGCGGCUCCGUCCAGUACGGAAUUCUUUUCUGCUGGAGCAGCGGAAGGCGGUGCAGCGGCGCCUGGCGCUGGCUCUACUUUUGGUCAACAAGCGUCUCUGUACGGCUCGUCGGUGGAUAAUUUUGCAAGUCAAGCCAACCCGAUGAUGCACACCUCUGCGGCGAAGAUGUUUUCGGUAGAGAAAAAGCGAACGACUCGAUCAACUUCCACGUCGCCUAUGAAGAGCCAGAGCCCGUCGAAGAACAAGAAUAAAGAACAAGAGCUACAGAAUAGCAGCAACGCGCAGAUUUCUAAUAAGUGGUCGGAGGACGUGCAGCAUCGAAGGGAGCUGAUCAAAAAGCUGAAGUAUUCCAAUGCACCGAUCACAGAUCAUAAGGAACAUCAACUGCUGCAAUUAGAACUCGAGCAGAAGUACGGUUCCGUGGUGCAGAACGGGCAACACCAAAAUUCCCUGACUCUGAUGCCGCUGCCGACGAUAGGACAGACGGGGAAGGGAGCCGGAGGUGGCGUUUUCAACAACGGUGGUGGCAGAACAUUAAAUGCAGCUGCUGGGUCAGCUUCAACUGCGACGACGUCCGCAGGAGCGCAGUCCUCGCACCCACGGCGCGCGUCGACCUGCGUCGGUUGGUUUGCGGAACCGAAAUCAGCGAUGAAAACGGCUUCGGAUUUGAAGAAGAACGAGCUGCUCGGCGUUGUGCACGACAAAGUCGGGGACAUUGUCUUCCACAACAACAUUCGCGAGCCCAUGUCGCCGCACAGCAUGCGAACGAUCAAGCCGAAGCGCGGGCAAGCGACGCAGGGCAUCAUGACGGUCUCCGACCGGAAAGCCGCGGCACUGAGCCCUAAGAAGGGGUUUUUGGUCACGGUUGGAAACUCCAUUUUAACGUCGAGUAGUGGGAAUGCGAAUGGGGCGCAAACCCCGGUGAUGGAUUACCAUGGGAGUCGGAACAACAGUCGGGCCGCGACGCCGAGUGGAUUCAUGCGCCGGGUGCAGGAAGAGGAGAAAAGCCAGGGGAUCAUGGACCGGAAUACCGCGGUAGAAGCGGUUGCUUUUGGCACUGCUGGAGGGAUUAGCGGGGAGCACGAUAAUGGUGGUGCAAGCGGAGUGUUGAAGAAAGUUACUGUGGUCGGCGGAGAGCAAAACUCAUCUGCACCGUCCAAGCAGUCCCUUUCUUCGCCGAUCAAAGACAACUUCAAACUCGAAUUGCAGAGAAAAGCGGGCGGUGAUGCGACUGCUGCUCCGCCGAGGAAGGAGAGGGAAAACGUGAAGGCGAUCUCGUCUUCGGUGUUGCAAGCGCAGACGGAAUUGGAAAAGGCGGCGAAUUCGGAUGUGCUGUAGGAAAGGCACGAAAGUUUUUUCGUACUACUGGUAGGAGCGAGCCAGGGUUUUGAUAAGCAUAAGAUAGGUGUCGGCUAGAAUACAACGCGGCUUGUCUCUAAAUCAGCUCCACAAUCUAGUAGACGUAAAUUUGGUUCUGACGACGAGGCGUUCGCGCAUGGUAGCAAGUAGUAUAGAAGUACGGUUUUUAUUUGAAGUAAGUAGCAUUGAUUCAGUUUAUCGAAGAUAGCACUUUGUAUUUGAGUUUCUUUCAGAUUCAGAAAAAUCUCGUUUGACUUUGAGUCGCAUUCGUUCUAGUUUCAGACACCAGAGGCAGAGGAAGCGUAACAGUGUACCGAAUCAAAUUUCUAUGUCAAUAUGGUAAUUUUCGUUUCGCAUUUUGAGUUUAUCAUUAUCGCAAAGCAAUAAAAUUUCAAUACCUAGUAUCAGACAAACAUUAAAGGGUAGGUGACAUCGUUUACACUAGAAUUGUAGCAUGCAUCAUGUUUUCUCGAAAAAAUAGUUGGAUUUAACUCGCAACUUUUCAACGUUCUCCCUGAUUUACAACAACUUUUUGGGUUCCACUUUCACAGCAAUUUUCUCAUGGUCUUACUUUUUUGAUUUAGCAACUGUAACAUUUUUCAUUGAAAGUAGCUUUGUUUCUUACAUACAGCAUUCAUAGUUUUAUCGGGUAAUACUAAUAGCUUUGUGUGACAAGAACUACAACUUCAACGUUUCAGGCACUUCAUUUACAUUUCUUUUGUGUACACUAUUUUCAUCGGCAUUCGUGCCUGUCUUGCUGCUCG